UUUUAGCUAAGUGAAGCUGAGCAGAGAAGAGGAAGUCUAAACCUUCUGCAGAUUUGAGACUAGGAAAGGAGGAUAUCUGAAGAAACUCUGUAGUGCACAACAGCUGCCACAGAGCUGGGUAAAAGGCCAAACAAGAGGAACACUUCCAUGCAAGGUCAUGAAACUGUGACUACAGGAAGAGCCAGGAAAGUGAGGGGGUGUAGGUUAAUCAAGGCACCCAUGCAAAGAUCAGGGUAUGUAUGGAGGGCAACAACUAUUCCUAAAUUCAACUGAAAUAUGAAGCCUGGAAAUCACCACCCUGAAGAAUACAGGAUUGCAUCACUGGUCUUCUACAGUUUUGUAUUCAUAGUGGGAUUGUUGGUGAAUGCCACUGCACUAUGGGUUUUCAGCUGCACUACCAAGAAGAGAACAACUAUAACUGUGUAUAUGAUGAAUGUGGCAUUACUUGACAUACUUUUUAUAUUUUCCUUGCCUUUUCGGAUAAUCUACCAUGGGAAAGAAAUGUGGCCUUUUGGGGAUACAUUCUGUCGGAUUAUCAGCGCUUUCACAAUAUUUUAUCCAGCCAUUGCUCUGUGGUUACUGACUUUUAUAAGCGUAGACAGAUUUAUGGCUAUUGUCCAGCCCAAACAUGUCAAAGAACUGAAAAACACAAAAAAAGCCAUGCUAGCUUGUACUGGAAUCUGGGUAAUGACCCUCGCAACAACGUCCCCAUUGUUGUUUUUACAGUCUGAUCCAGACAAACACUUUAAUUUCACCACCUGCAUGAAAUCGCUGGAUAUCAUCCAUUUAAAGGAAGUAAAUACACUGAACUUUUCUCGCCUGAUUUUUUUCUUUUUGAUUCCCUUGUUUAUCAUGAUAGGGUGUUACCUAGUCAUUAUUUACAAUUUCAUUCGUGGCAAGACUUCCAAACUGAAGCCUAAGGCCAAAGAGAGAUCCAUAAGAAUUAUAGUAACUCUGAUUGCUCAGGUACUCAUCUGCUUUGUACCCUUCCACAUUUGCUUUGCCUUCCUGAUGCUGCAACAUGAAAAUACAACUUACAACCCCUGGGCAGCCUUCACCACCUUCCUCAUGAAUCUCAGUACAUGCUUGGAUGUUAUAUUGUACUAUAUUGUUUCUAAACAAUUUCAGGCCAGAGUCAUCAGUGUAAUACUCUAUCGCAACUACCUUCGCAGUGUGCGCAGGAAAAGUUUUUGUACUGGAAGUGUAAGAUCACUCAGUAAUAUGAACAGUGAAAUGAUAUAA